AUGAAAUCAACUUUAGAAUGUUUUUAUCAUCUAUCAUGUAUGAUUAAAUUAGAUCGAUAUUUUGAUUUUCCUCUUGGAUCAUCUUUUAAUUUUUCAAAUUUAAAUCAAAAUCUUAAUCCACCGAAUGAAAUAAUAGAAUCGAUUAUCAAUAGACUUAUGAUUGAUUCUUGGACAUCGAAUAUUUCAUUUUCUUCAUAUUAUAAUACAUGUUCUCCAUCAUCAUGUACAUAUCAAUAUAUUAGUCGAAAUGAUUUAUUCUUUGUUAUAACAACAAUUCUUGGUAUUUGUGGUGGUUUAUCUCUUGGAUUAAAACUACUUACUUUAAUUAUUCUUCGAUUUAUUGAGAAUAUAAUUAAUAAUAAUUGUUUUAAUGGAUUUAUAACAAUGAUAAAAAACUUAUUUGUUUGUAAUACUGAACAACGUCUUAUUAAUCGACUUCAUUUCAUUUUACUUUUAUUAAUAUUAUAUUUAAUAUUUAUAUUUUCUGCUUUUAAACCAAAAUUAGUUACUAUCCAAAUAAUAAAACCAUCACUUUCAAAUUAUAAAGAUUUAUUAAAAGAUCAUUCCAAUUCUCUUCAAUGUUCUUGUUCACAAAUAUCUAUUCCAUAUGAAACA